ACUUACUCAUAAAUUAAAAUGGCAGCAAUCUCCCUUUCCAUUUCCAUACCGAUAGUAGCCAUAUGGGCUAUCUGGAUCUUGUUAUGCGGAAAGUGCUUGGAUAAUGCACUUCGUGAGCUUCUUGUUGCUGCAUCUGGAUCAUCUACCCUUCAACUUAAACAAGCCAAGGCUUUGCAGGAGUUUUUUGUAUCCAGCAGCAUUUCCCCUCCAUCUCCGAAAGGUAAAAAAUCAAUCGUAACCCAAAUAAAAGUUCUUGUACCCAUCAGCAUUUCCCUCGGAUUCCUGUAUAUUGGGUGGAUUAUUUUCUUGUCCCGUUGCGUGUUCAAGAAAAACCAGAUUGAGUCUAGGGGAUCAAAGAAUGGAAACAUAUUCUCGAUAUGGAAUUAUGACGGACAUAUUGCAUAUGAAGACAUUAUUGAAGCAACCAAGGAUUUUGAUAUUAGAUAUUGCAUUGGAACUGGUGGUUAUGGUAGCGUUUAUAGAGUAGAAUUACCAAGCAGAAAUGUGGUUGCCAUAAAGAAACUUCAUCAGAGAGAGGCUGGGAAUCCAAUUUUCUAUAAGAGUUUUAUAAAUGAGGUGAGGGUGUUAACAGCGAUUCGAUAUCGAAAUAUUGUGAAGCUACAUGGAUUCUGUGUACAUAAAGAAUGCAGAUUUUUAAUUUAUGAGUACAUGGAAAGGGGAAGCCUAUUUUGUAUCCUAAGAAAUGUUGAUGAAGCUAUGGAACUAGAUUGGAGCAAGAGGGUAAACAUCAUCAAAGGCAUAGCACACGCCUUAUCUUACAUGCAUCAUGAAUGCAUCCCAGCAAUUGUUCAUAGAGAUAUAUCAUCCAACAACAUUUUGCUUAACUCCAAAUUCCAAGCUUUAAUCUCUGACUUUGGAACCGCUAAACUCCUUGAUCUCGACUCCUCCAAUGAAACAUUGGUUGCUGGAACUUACGGUUACAUUGCUCCAGAGUUUGCCUACACGAUGACAGUUACUGAAAAAUGCGAUGUAUAUAGCUUUGGAGUUGUGGCACUAGAAAUAUUAAUGGGAAGGCAUCCGGGAGAACUCUUGUCCUCAUUAUCAUCAUCAUCAUCAUCAUCAUCAUCUCAAAAUAUGAUGCUAAAUGAAAUAUUAGACCAACGCCUGGCACCUCCAAAUCGUCUAAUUGGACAAGAGAUUUUGCUUGUUGCUACAAUAGGAUUUGCAUGCAUGCACACUCAGCCAAAGUCUCGGCCUACAAUGAAAUGUGUGUCACAAGAAUUUCUCUCUCGCAGGAAGCCAAAUCUCAUACCCUCGACAGCAGUUUCACUCGUGCAAUUGAGGAAACAAGCAGCAUAUGUCGCUGGAUCAGGAUUUUCUUAUUGUUAGGGUAUUUUGUGUCAUGUCAAUGUGUCUUUUACAUUUAUCGAUCUUUUUUCAAGAAAAAUAUUAUUUGUAAGCAUUCUAAAUCACCCCCAUAAACCUGAACUACUCAAAUUUCAAGGUUGGAAGUGGCAUAAACAUAAUAGGGCCGAUGUGUUUUUAUGAGAAAUGUGUGCAAAUAGAAAGUAGAAGUGAAUUAAGUAAAAUCUGAUAGAGAAUUUUAGCGGACUCUUCAUGUCUUCUUCAUGAACAACAGGCUUUCAAAAUA